CCCGGCACUUUUGAAAACCACGUCUCUCUACUCUCUCUCUACUGAAAUACACAAAAGAAGAAGAAGAAGAGAGGUUUCAAGGAUGUUAAAGAUGGAGGUUGUGAUACCUGCAAGAGCAAUGGAUUUCGAUUUCAACAGCGCCAGGUCUUCACCUUGUUCCAGUAUACCUUCUACUCCGAAACGUUUCGGGAAUUACAGCUCCCUCAGUGCUCCAACCAGUCCCACUCGCAUCUCCGAGUUCUAUCGUGAAUUUGAGAAUUUUCUGAUUAACGAUCCAAUAAGCGGUGGUGUCCCUUUCGAUUGGGAAGAAAUGCCUGGUACGCCUAAAUCGCCGAAGAAGAACGUGGUCGCCGCUGCAGAUGAUGAUUUCGCUUUUGAUUUCAGCCAAGACUUAGAGAAGACCUCGCUCUCUGCAGAAGAGCUCUUCGAAGGCGGAGUGAUUCGGCCACUGAAACCUCCACCGCGGCUUCAAUUGGAGAACAGAGUCUAUGACUCCUCGAAAAUCCCUCUUUUGUCUCCGAGAUCUCCCAGAUCUCCGAAGGAGAUCAUUCGAAAUGUCUUUUCACCGAGAAGGAAGAAAGUUUCAGAUCCGUUUGCGGCUGCAGCGGAAAUGACUCGUAAACAAGCCGAAAAUGAGAGAGGAAGAGACAGAGUUGCAACUUCGCCCAAAAAUUCAAGCCGGAGAGGAGCAAGAUCGCUUUCUCCUUACAGAGUAUCGCAAUUUCCCUUGGAAGAAGAAGAGAGACAGCAACCACGACAACAACAGCAAGCCGUAACCAAGCAAUCGCAAGUGAAUUCAAAGUCCAUCAUCACUCCUUCUUCUUCAAAGAGUUCUUCAAGAAGAUGGAGACUGAAGGAUUUUCUGUUGUUUCGAAGCGCAUCAGAGGGAAGAGCAUCAGAUAGAGAUCCUCUCAGGAAAUACUCUGGUUUGUCCAGGAAACAGGAGGAUGUAAAGACCUCAAGCUUUCGCACCACGGACGGGUCGGGCUCCGGUUCCGGGUCGAGGCGAAGGGGCCCAGUUUCGGCCCACGAGUUACAUUACACCAAAAACAAAGCUGCAACAGAGGAUUUGAAGAGAAGAACAUUCCUGCCAUACAAGACUGGUAUUCUUGGGGCACUAUUCAGUUGAGCAAUCAACACAAAAAUGAUUUGCUUAAGAACCAAAAAAUUCAAAUUUGUUGUAGAGUUUGUUCUUUUUUUUUUAUACAGAAUAUGCAAAUGUAGAGUUCAUACAAAGGGGCACAAUAUUCUGGCGUGCCCUGCCUCAAUCAUUACAAUUUACCAUCAUAUUAUAGAGCCAAAAACAUUAUUUGGCAGCUAAAAUGUUUGGCAGAAACAUUCCUGCUUAUGUAUCAUCGUUGUAUUACAAUUGCAAUACAGUUUUUUUCCUCACUUUUUUU